AUGCUCGAAUUUGCCGCUGUUGAGCUCGAAAUCGAGGGUUUCUACGAAACUUCGAGCUACUCCACGUACCUGCGGCCGCCGGAGGGAGUCCGUAUUUCGCGACGGACGGUGGAGAUCAACGGGAUCACGAGCGACACGGUGCGCAACGCGCCGAGCUUUGGCGAAGUGGCGGAUAGGAUUUACGAGCUCAUGGACGGGAAGGUGUGGGCGGGCCACAACAUCAGCCGGUUUGACAACGCGCGCAUCCGAGAGGCCUUCAGCAGCCUGGGCCGAGCGCCGCCUGUGCCGGCUGGCGUGGUGGACACGUACGACCUGCUGAGGAGAGAGUUCGGCACGCGAGCUGGCAACAUGAAGGUGUGCUGUGUGAUGUGCGACUGGGGUGGUAGCCUCGUAGACCUGCUGAGCAGGGAGUUGGGCAUGUGGGCUGGCGACAUGGAGGUGGCAUGGAGCGUAGUGGACACAUACGACCUGCUCGGGCAGGAGUUAGGUACUCAAGCAGGCAGCAAGGUGGUAUGGGCAGGGCAGUACAUGGUGGCGAGGCGAGGCGAGGCGAGGCGAGGCGAGGCGAGGCGAGGCGAGGCGAGGCGAGGCGAGGCGAGGCGAGGCGAGGCGAGGCGAGGCGAGGCGAGGCGAGGCGAGGCGAGGCGAGGCGAGGCGAGGCGAGGCGAGGCGAGGGCGAUGGAGGACGUGAGGAUGAACAUUGACGUUUUCAAGCAGUGCUCCGCCAUGCUCAUGCUGAAUCUGGUUGCUGGUGCCAGCCAAGCCAAGUCGGAGGAGGGAGAUGCUGAGGGGGAACUUGAGGAUGGGGAGGUGGUGGGGAAGGAGGAGGAAGAGGAGGAAGAGGAGGAAGAGGAGGAAGAGGAGGAAGAGGAGAAAGAGGAGGAAGAGGAGGAAGAGGAGGAAGAGGAGGAAUGGGAGGAAUGGGAGGAAUGUGAUUAUAAGGAAGCAAGAUUCCACAAGAAAGACAAGCACACAGAGAGCAUUCCUUUAAGCAAGGGAGAGGGCAAAGAGGGCGGCGAGGCACAGGGGGAGGGGGGGAGGGAGGAGCAGGCGGGGGAAAGGCAGGCAGGUGUCGAGUGCGUGGUGUGUCCGCAGUGGUGGCAGCAGCAGCAGGAGCAGCACGCCAAGGAGGGCGGCCCCUGGGCCAUCACUUGCGCUCACUUCGACCCCUUCUGGCUGCAGGCACUGUGCGUGCCUGCUGCUGCUGCUGGUAGUGGUGCUGCAGGCGGCAAUGCAGGGAACGGCAGCAGCAGAGGCAGCAGGGGCAGCGGGUGGGGAGGGGGCAGGCGGUACAGCUUGAGGGGAGGGAUUGCUCGGGUGUACCCGAAUGGCCUCACGCCACAGCCACCAUCUGAUGCUCAUGAUGCCGGUGCUGCAGUGGAGGGUACGCCGGCGCGUGUGCUGCUGUUGUACAAUGGGCGGUCACUGCACGUGAGGGAGUGUGGAGCGAGGAUCAAGAUGAGUGUGUCGGACCGCUUUGCCUUUGAUGAGGCAUCAGGGCGCCCGUCCUUCUCUUUGCUCCUCGCCGUCUCGCCCGCCGCUGCUGCCGCCAUCACUGCUUGCUUCGACGCACUGCUGGCAUGCGUGGGGAGUGGCAGCAGCAGUGGGGGGGAUUGCAAGGAGGCAGCAGCAGCAGGGGUAAAGGGCGCGGAAGAAGAGGAGAGGCGUGGUGGGUGCAGGGAGGAGGUGCGGUCGCCCUUUGUGGCGACAUGGGAGGACGAGGAUGGCAGGAGAGUGAUCCGCGUCAAGCUGGCAGCUGAUGGCGUGAGGGGGAAUGCUGAGUGGCGCACCAAGUUCUUCUCCUGUGCUGCACCGCACACAACCGCUCUCAACCCAGCCAAUGUCAGCACCGGCUCUCCCACAGGCGCCACCAGCAACGACAGCAAGCAGCAGUCACCCGCAUCGCAGCAGCUUCACCCUGUGGACCCGCAGCAGCUGCACCUGCCCGUUGACCCACACAUGGUGGCCGCGGCUCUACCAGCAGGGGCGGUGGUGGACGUGGCCUUCCUCGUCGACUCCUACUGUGUCAAUGGCACCAGGGGGCUGCGCUUCGUGGCAGAUGUGAUUGUAGUGAGGGGGUGA